AAAGACGUGGGGAAGAGAAGUGGAAGUCUUACUUAGCAAGUUCCUACAGAAUGCCAGGCACUCAGGGGCAUGGCACACCAGAGAUUUGCUUCAGUCACCCCAAAACCCCAUCUGCUCUGUUCUCCUUAGGACCCCAGGAGCAGUGCCCAGAGCCCACAGCCUAGAACAUGCACAUCACCGCCCUGGGUGCAGGCCUCCCCUCCCUCCAGGUCUACAGGAGAAGGCCAACAUUGAGGAGGCCCUGGGGUCUGGGCCCAGGACCAUCAGCAGGAGGUACCUGAGCUCCCUGAAGAACAAGCUGUCCAGCGGGGCCUGGAGGAAAUCUUGCCAGCCUGGGACCUGCCCUGGGCCAGGGAUGCAGGAGCCUGAGGAGAAGAGGAUUGUCCAGGAGCUGCUGGAGACAGAACAGGCCUAUGUGGCGCGCCUCCACCUGCUAGACCAGGUGUUCUUCCAGGAGCUGCUGAGGGAGGCCCGCAGCAGCAAGGCCUUCCCUGAGGACGUGGUCAGGCUCAUCUUCUCCAAUAUCUCCUCCAUCUACCAGUUUCAUGCGCAAUUCUUCCUCCCAGAGCUGCAGCGGCGCCUGGAUGACUGGGCCAGCUUGGGAAGAAGGAAAGGGUGCAUGCACACAUACUCAGGGACUCCGUGUACAGCUGUGCAGGUGCGGGAGCUGACUGAUGCCGAGUUCCCCCACUCCUUCCUGGUGUCCGGGAAGCAACGCACCCUAGAGCUGCAAGCCCG